GGGCCGCCGCCGCCGCGGGUGUGGGACGGGGAGCUGCUGCAGCAGCCGCCACCGCCACCACCACCAUGGCUCUGCCCCUGCGCCGCCGGCUGCCGGUGCUCCCGCUUCUCCUGCUGGCAGCCGGCGGGCUGCGGGCUGCGGAGCGGAGCAGCAGCAGCAGCGCCAUGGAGGAGCUCGCCACCGAGAAGGAGGCGGAGGAGAGCCACCGGCAGGACAGCGUGAGCCUCCUCACCUUCAUCCUGCUCCUCACCCUCACCAUCCUCACCAUCUGGCUGUUCAAGCACCGCCGCGUCCGCUUCCUCCACGAGACCGGCCUGGCCAUGAUCUACGGACUCAUAGUUGGCGUGAUCUUGAGAUAUGGGACUCCUUCUACCAGCGGCCGUGACAAGCCGAUCAGCUGCUCGCAGGAGGACAGGCUGUUCACAACCCUGCUGGUCAACGUCAGCGGGAAGUUCUUUGAGUAUACGCUCAAAGGGGAAAUAAGCCCCGGGAAGAUCCAUAACGUGGAGCAAAAUGACAUGUUGCGAAAGGUAACAUUUGACCCAGAAGUUUUUUUCAACAUUCUGUUGCCUCCUAUUAUUUUUCAUGCUGGUUAUAGCCUGAAGAAAAGACACUUUUUCAGGAAUUUGGGGUCCAUUUUGGCUUACGCCUUUUUAGGAACAGCAGUCUCUUGUUUUAUUAUUGGGAAUCUCAUGUAUGGGGUUGUGAAACUAAUGAAGUUGGUGGGUCAGCUCUCUGAUAAAUUCUAUUAUACAGACUGCCUCCUCUUUGGAGCGAUAAUAUCUGCCACUGAUCCAGUUACUGUGCUAGCAAUAUUUAAUGAGCUGCAUGCUGAUGUCGAUCUCUAUGCCCUUCUGUUUGGGGAGAGCGUGUUGAAUGAUGCUGUUGCCAUUGUAUUAUCUUCAUCUAUAGUUGCCUACCAGCCAACAGGUGAAAAUACCCAUGCUUUUGAUGCAGCAGCAUUUUUCAAGUCUGUUGGUGUUUUCCUGGGAAUAUUCAGUGGUUCUUUCAUGAUGGGAGCAGUGACGGGGGUUGUGACAGCUCUGAUAUCAAAGUUUACCAAGUUGCACUGCUUCCCCCUGCUGGAAACGGCUCUCUUCUUCUUGAUGUCCUGGAGCACUUUCUUGCUCGCAGAAGCUUGUGGAUUUACUGGUGUGGUGGCUGUCCUCUUCUGUGGAAUUACCCAGGCGCAUUAUACAUACAAUAACUUGUCAGUUGAAUCAAGAAGUCGCACUAAGCAGCUCUUUGAGGUAUUGCACUUCCUGGCUGAGAACUUCAUAUUUUCUUAUAUGGGUUUGGCACUGUUUACUUUCCAGAAACACAUAUUCAGCCCAGUUUUCAUCAUUGGAGCUUUUAUUGCAAUCUUUUUGGGCAGAGCUGCACACAUCUACCCUCUCUCAUUCCUGUUGAAUCUGGGCAGAAGGCAUAAGAUCAGCUGGAACUUUCAGCACAUGAUGAUGUUUUCAGGUCUCAGGGGAGCCAUGGCGUUUGCUCUGGCUAUACGAGAUACUGCUACCUACUCACAUCAAAUGAUGUUCUCAACAACUCUCCUCAUCGUCUUUUUCACUGUGUGGAUUGUUGGUGGAGGUACAACUCCCAUGCUGUCAUGGCUGAACAUCAGAGUUCGUGACCAUGUUCCAUCGGUGGAAGAGAUGAAUGAAAGCCGCUGGCUGUAUUUCAGGGUUGGGGUUGACCCAGAUCAGGAUCCUCCACCUACUAAUGACAGCUUUCAAGUCUUACAAGGAGAUGGCCCAGAUUCUGAAAGAAGGAACAGGACACAGCAGGAAAGCGCUUGGCUCUUCAGGCUAUGGUAUAGCUUUGACCAUAAUUAUUUAAAGCCAAUUCUCACUCACAGUGGCCCUCCAUUAACCACAACUCUACCCAGCUGGUGUGGCCUGAUAGCCCGCUGUCUGACAAGUCCCCAGGUUUAUGAUAAUCAAGAACAGCUUAGAGAAGAGGAUUCUGAUUUUAUUCUGAAUGAUGGUGACCUUACCGUGACAUAUGGUGAUACAACAAUAACUGCAAAUGGUUCUUCUGGCCCCCAUACAGCUACCACUAGCCUUGAUGGCAGGAGAACAAAAAGUAGUUCAGAGGAAGCACUGGAACGUGAUUUGGGAGCAGCAGAUCAUGAAGUUACAAGCAGGGGUACCCGGCUAGUAUUUCCUCUGGAAGACAAUGCAUGAUUACUGACUCAGUAAAAAUAACUCUUGCUCAGUGGAUGGAUCAAGGAAGACUGCAGGCCACUGUGUCACUUGAGGUGGGAAUGUUUAUUUAAACAAGUUAACACGCGUAAGUGGUUUUACUAGGGUCUGAAGAUGUCACCUAUUUUUUACUCAAGAUGCUGACAGUGGGGUUUUCUAAAUGUCUGAAAAUAGACAAAUGAGAAAACUGGUCAUUCUCCUCUUCAACCACAUAUUGAAUCCAAGUAUAACUAGCAUGCUGCAAUUGUCUUGUUCAGCUGCAGCAGCUCUCUCUGAAGAGAGGUACAUGAAAACAUUGUCAUAGAACUGAGCUUGUCUUGGCUUAGCUUGGGAAUGUGGAAGAAGAAAUAUAAAUAUGAUAAUAAUUACGAGAUAAAAAAGAAUGUACGUGUACCAAUGUGGAGAGAUCCAUUGUUAACUUCUCUCAUGAGGCUGAGGAAACUAAAGUAAAAUGGGACAGUAUACAUUAGGACUACAGGUGCAUGAAUGGAAGACUGGGGAAUCUGUUACUGCAAGCUGUACUUAAUGUAUUUCAGGGAAAAAAGGGAAAAGAAGAUUUCUUCACUGGCCAUGUGUUUAAAUAGGAAAGCAAUGAGAGCUACUUGUCCCUUUAGCUUUGGGCAACUUGACUAUUACUAUUCGCCUAACUUCUAGUGCCUCAAAAGAAAAACAUCCAACUUCCUGUGGUCUAAGACAUACCUGACCCGACACAAGCCCGGAGCCAGGUUCUCUCGGGUAAAAGUCAUGAGGUGAAACUUUCUCCCCCUUAGGGUUCUUAAAAGCCGAUGAAGAUAGUUGGAAGUGUAUCUUAGACUGGGGAAAACAGCAGAUAAGAGGAGGAGGGGUGCGGGGGGAGAGAGAGAGAGGCAGUAUUGAACUUGCAUGGAACCAUGAGGUUUCAUAUUGCUCAGAAGAAUCCAUGGACUCUGCUUACAGUUCUUGUGUGUGAUAAACAGCAAACAUCUAAUUAAAUGGACACACAAAUACUGCUGGCUUUACCAUUUGUGACUAUACUAAAAGAAAGGUGUUUACUCUUGUUCUCUUUCGCAGAGUAGAUGUGAAACUUCAGUGGGGCAUUGCACAACAACAUAUAAGCUACAGAAGUGAUGAACUGUAGUAUCAUCUUAAAUGUGAAAAGGGAAAAAAUCUUUACCUAGUAUUUAGCCCACUUACACGUAGGCUAGCUUUAACUUAUUGCUAAAUGCUUUUUGAUUUCCAAAUGAGGAGAUAUCAUUGUCUUUGCCAAUAGCUGAAAACUUACGCUUGGAAGAGCAGUUCAGCUAUUUAAAGCAUGCUAAAAUGUGAUUUCAUUCUCAUGUCUCAAAAGGUUUAUUUUUUUAAAGAGUUUUGUGGCCCACUAAUGUGAUAUAAUAUCAGUUUGUCUAAUAAGUGUGUUUUUCUUGCUGCCAUUUCAGUUGUUCCUCUCAUAAAAUUGUGUGUGAGUAAAUACCCGCUCUGUUUUUCCUUAACUAUUAAACCUAAUGGGCUAACAUUGGUACAGGAACUUACUGCUGCAGAGAAACAUUGCAGUCCUAUUGUCUAGUCUGCUUUCUUUCAAAUGUGUUCUCUAAUGAGUGAUCUACCUCCUUAUCUGUCCCUCCAAGGUAAAUUUGUAAAGGGCAUUGAUAUAUAAUGACUGUCUGACAUUAUUAAGAAAAGAGACACGAGAAAAUCAGAAGCCUUUUUAUGGAAAAACUGGAAGACCAAUACAGUCUGAGCUCUGCUCUUAAAUGGUGAAGAGUAACAAACUCUGAUGAAGAUCUCUGAGCAGAACAACUCCUUUUCAGUUCUCAUCUGCUUUCAAGGAAGACAAAGCAGAUAGCAAUGAUCCAUGCUAGUUAUACUGUUUACAUGGCUUGGUUUUUUGGGGUUUGGGGGGUUUUUUUGUGGUUUUUUGGGUUUUUUUUGUUGUUUUGGUUUUUUUAAGUGCUCUGACAGUAGAAAAAGUAGUUUCCUCCUACAUUACAAAAACAACUGCAUUCAUUUUGGACAAGUCUUUGGGACCCAUGCUGUCAAUGCUGAGUGAGGACUUGAGACUUCUACAACAAUUAGAGUUAUUAGCUGAGUCAUAUGAACCAAAUUUUGGGUUGAGACAGUGAAACUUACCCAAAAUAAAUGGACUUAAUACAGUGAGGCAAAUAUUUACAUGCAGCUUGAAGCUGAAGCUUACCAAAUUACUUUGGCCGAAAACCAGAGCCUUACGCAGACAGAGAUCUGUUCUUUGGAAGAAAGAUCUGGUACAGAUUCCAGAAGCAGAAAUUCUGUUUCGUUAGCUUUCUCGGGAAGAUUGAAUUUCUUAAAAGCAUCAGUAAACCAUCCCAGUGCAGAUGCUUCUCUGCCUGUGUUUUUAAUUCCCAUAGCAAAAAUAUACAAUUGAAUUAAGUUCACCAGUAAGCCCAAAAUGUGGUUGUGAAAGAGCAGCCAAAAUAGAUGGAUCACUGGUGAGAGGUGAGGAAUAUAAUACUCUAAUUCACAUUCAAAAAUUACUUAAAAAGCUUAUCCAACAUGGUGGGGAGAGGCCCAUAUACAUAAGCUUAAUUUUAACUCGUAUAUUACAACAAUGCAUUUUAUUCCUUGAUUUUUAUCUAUUUUUCAUUUUAAGUCUUCUUCCAAAAUUGGACUUCACUGUCAACAAAAGGUAAGCUAAAACAUCUAGCCUCUUACUACUGACACUGAUACUUGUACCAAAUUCCCAAGGGACUCCUUUACUGAAAAGGUGGGAAAAACAAAAAGAACCCUCCUCGUCCUGAAACACUGCAUAUUUCACCAACUAAUAGAUGCUUUUUUCUUGUGUAUAUCCUUUUGAAAGAAUAGUUUAAUACUUUCAGUUCCUUUCCAGUAAGAUCCUGAGCUGGCAAGAACUUGACCGAACCAUAUCAGGAGAUGGGUAUUUUCUUAUAAACUUGGUGUGAGGUUUUGAAUAGAAAACACAGCUUAAGAUCGUAAUGAACAGCAAUCAGUACAUAUUAAUACCCUCUUCAUAUUGAAAAAGAAAACCUGUAAGAUGAUGGUCUUCACUGAAAAAGGUGUUGCUAUACUAACAUAGGACGUUACAGCUCAUGUGGCUGCCCUUGUACUUGGGACUGAGGGAUUUCUUGUACUUUUUCUGCUUGCUGCAUUGUCAACUUACUGCUGAAAAUCUUCACCUGAAGUUGCCAGGAAUCUGCUAACUUCAGUCCCUGGAGAUGGGCAAAAUGAAGUCCCUAAUCUUAUUUCAGUGCUUCACAGAAGCAAGGCAAGACUGUUCUGCAGUUGCUUGAAUUCCCAUGCAAACAAAUCUUUCUGAUUUACUUGUGUAAAAGGUCACAGCAAUCCACAAGCAGUACAAACAUCAUAUUUAAACAGACUAAGAAGUUAUCUAAACCCUUUUAAUGGUUGGGGGGGGGGGGGAGGAGAUUAGAAAGAUUUUCAUUUACAGAAUUUGGAAGAACACAAAAAAUAUCUAGAAAACUGGCAUUUUUGUGCUUUGCUUGCUAGUUAAUUCAGCAUGUGUGAGAAAUGAUCAUGUUUUGAGUCACCUGUACAAUGCUGCACA